AUGGUGAAAAUAACCGCCUCAGACAUUGGCAGAUGUAUGAGAGCCACCCGCGUCUCUGACCAAGAUCCAAGUACUGAUGAUUCUCUAGCCUUACAAAGACCAGCAAUCUCGCCGAAUGGCAGAAUCUUAGCAAUUGUCACCCCGGACCCAAAGAUCCACUUACUGGAUCUGACAGACACUGUCCAUGGAGACACUGUCAUCACGAGGCUGAGACUCCCUGUCCAUGCUAAAGGCUUUCUUCAGGAUUGUCAUAUCAUCCGCUGGUCUCCAGAGUUUAUGCUGGACGAUGAUGCUGACUCCACAACCACAUCAGAGGCAGAUCUGGGCAGGACCUGGCUUCUAUUGUCCAAUGGACGACGUGUUGUUGCUGUGAGCACAGACAUUUGGCUCCCCGGGAUGAUGCGUGGAGUCGACGGAGACAGUGGAUCUAAGUCAAACAUCCUCGCAGAUUAUGAUCUUGGAGCGCAGUUCGGAAAAUUGACAUUACUCGAGUUUGUCUUUGACCAUCGCCACGCAUUACUGAUGCACGAACAUGGCGGCAGUGCCACAUUGCUGAGCUUGACGAGACCACAACGACAAGAGAUCCCCCAUAUCAAAAACAAUGGGCCCGCAGCCUUCGCACAAGCACCGAAUGCCGACAAAUUUGCCUUACUACGAAGAGACAAAGGCCAAGACAAGAUCUCAGUGUUUGAACUAUCUUCAAACCGUCUGCCAAUCGAACACACGUUUGAACCACGAAGUCUAGACGCCCAGAGCAUCGUGUGGUGUCCGGCAGGUCAGCCUAUUUUAGGGGUGGUUGAAUCUCCAAGUUACGGUUUGAGUGUCACUUUUUACACAGCUCAGGGUCACUCCUUGAAGCAUCUAGAUAUCACCUCGACCAAUAUGAACUUGGCCAGACAGCCAUCGAACUUCGAGGGCGUUGGAGCGACUUGUCUGAAGUGGACCAACGCAACCGAUGCUCACACCGUUCAAGCAAUACUAGAUGGGCAGCAACAAGUGUUUGUUCGAUACCUGACCAACGGAAGUGUGUCUACGCAAGAAAUAGCAUCAUUCGUUCAUCCUGAUAUCGUGGAUGGUUCAAACACCUUGAUCUGGCAAGAGGAGUCGGAAAACCCCUUACCUUCAAACAAGGUCUCCAGCUUUAUAAGGCAGAAAGCAGCCUUCUCCACAAAGUCAAGUCCCGAAGAUUUAAGUCCACACGCGAUAGAUACCGUUGAACUCAAUUCGGACAACACGAUGAUUGCUACUUGCCUGAAAGGCUGUGGUAAGCUGCUCUGGAUAUGGAAGCCGGAACAAUCUCAACCUUUCACUCUCAUCAUCUUUCGACACCACGUCAAAUAUGUCCUUUGGCAUCCAUUUCUCCCCCACGUUCUUAUUGCCAUUACCCAUCAGAAGCGGCCUAUCAUUUAUGCAUGGUAUGUACCAAAUUUUGGACCAAUCAGUGGAGAGAUCGUCCUGAACCAUGAGAUGCACUCCAAUCCUCUAACGACAACAUUGUCGACGAAGUUCUCUGCUUCAUGGCUACCUGCAGCACGGCACACUGAUGGACGCGUUCCCUUCUUCUUCACAUCAGCAACCAGGUUCGAGAUUAGUUUCCUGCGCAGCCUGGAUGGAAGAGUUUUGUUUGAGAGUGCUUUGCGACAAGACAGGAAUGUCUUUGACAACAAGGACACUGGUGGAGCAGAUGAGUUAAUCGGGAUCGGGAUUGACACACCAAGUAAAACUGCAAAGCCAUCUAAGAAGGCUCGGUUUUCAGUCGAAGAGCAUGUUGAUCCGGAACAAGGCGAGUGGCUUCAGGAAGAAGCAAAGCACCGGGCAUGGUGA